GCCUCAGUGUCACACAGAAUGAAGCGACCUUUGUUAAAUAAAAGAUAAGUUUCCGAAAUGUUUUACAUUUCUUAAGCAGUAAAAAAAAAAAUGCAGGAAGGAAAGGGGGCAUGGCAUCUCCCUGGGUGAUAUAAAUAGAAGAUCCAAGCAUGCUGGUCACACGGGGCCAGGUUAAUUACAGUUGACACUUAGCGAUAAAUAGGAGCUGUGCCCUGAGCCUGUGAACAGGUUGUUCAAGUUCGGCAGAACACAACCACUGAAAAAGCCAUCAUGAGCACGGGGGAGGUGACCGGGUGCGAUGCAUCUAUCAUGAAAAAUGUGUGGGAGAUCAGACUCAGAGAGCAGACUAUGAAAAUACAGUUGGAGCAGGAAAGAUUGGAGAAGAGCGCUCUGGAGACAAUCAAUAAAGAUUGGCAGAAACGUAUGACAUCGAAUCAGAAGUAUCCCAAAAGGUUGGCGAGGAAACCGAAGCCGGUAGAAACCUCGGAGCCUGUUCAGCCUUACAUGAACAGACGCAUGGGUGCAGACACCGGCAGAGGCACCGGAUACCUUGGUUCUCAGAACCAGAGAGCCAGCCCUGUCACACUCAGCAAAAGCCUGUUAAAAAAUGUCAAAAUUCAAAGGCUAAUCUCUCUGGCCAGCAGUCAACCAAGUGGAAUGAUUUGGUCCAAGUCAUGGAAAUUCUCCAACUCGCUGCCCAAACUAGAAGAAGGCAGUACACCACCCCCAGACUGGGGUAAAUCUUGGCAAUUUAUGACCCUCCAGCCCCAUAUUGAUGGCAAACCAUGGACUGAGGAAAACGGCCCCGCAUCUCACCAUGAAAAUUGCAGUAUAUGGCAAAAGCCAAUGAGGAUGUUGGAUUCGCAAGACUGUGAGCAAAUCCUGCAUUCACCAGAAUGGGGACAGUCCUGGAAAUAUAGAAAGCCCGAAAGCGAUCUGAAGUCAGGAACUAAGGAUAAGGCUAACAAGGAAGCUGGGUUGCAUAGUUCGAAAAGCAGGAUAUUAGAAAUGCUUGUUGAAUCACAACACCACAAUGAAGCAUUGUCUUCAUCAGAGUGGAGUGAAUCUUGGAAGUCAACAAAACCUCCAAAAGCUGGGGAGGCCCACACUAAUGGACCCACGAAUGGCCCUUUCAAUGAGCCUAAGAAUGAUCUGAAGAAAGAUGGGAAAUCAGGAUCCCAGAGUAUAGAGUGUUGGAAGUUUAUAAACCGCCAGCUUCAUGUCACUGAUAACUCCAAACAAACAUCACACAACCCAGAGUGGGCUGACUCAUGGAGAGCUGCGAAGAUGGUGUCAAACAGUAACAAAAAGGCAAAGUCUCCCGAAUAUUUAGAAAAUGGCGAGAGACAGGAUUCCAACCACGACCACCAGGUCAUUAUAUCUGUUUCACGCGAGCUCAAGUACAGAGACCUCUUGGGUGCUCAGUUAUGUGAUGAAAACAAGCCUUUGUCUGAAUGGGAAAAGUCCUGGAAGACAACAAAGAAUCUCUCAAAACCAAGUGCAGAGGCAACCUUGAAGGCAGAGGAACCGAAGGAAAAGUCCAUGGCUCAAAAUCAAAAGGUUGGGAUGUCCAAGGAAAAUGAUACAAAUCUGGCAGGGGUGCAGCAGGGCAUGCGUAAACCGACGAUUAUGUCAAAAAUUGCCAAAUACAGAAAUCUCAUGAGUCGCCUUUUGAUAGAUGACAUGCCCUAUGAGUGGAAUGAGGCCUGGAAAUUCACGAAACCUCAGUCGUCCAAGGAGACAGUGCAGUGGUCAACUACUGGAAUGGCAGAUGACUCCAUGGUCCGGAAACAACACAUGACGAAAAGAUCAUUGACCGAUUGGUCAGAAUCCUGGCAAUGUGCUAGACCUCACUCCCGCCAUGCAAUGCCCUCUGUGACUGAAUGGAAAGAGUCGUGGUUUUCGAGAUAUAAACCACACGCAAGGCGAGAACACUGGAUCAAGGAAGCUGGGCUUAAGGACUUUGACAAGCAACAUCCCAAAUAUGAGGUUUUCAACCUGCCCAAGAGGGCUUCAGCUGAAAAGAUGCUUUAUCACAUGCAGGAUGGCGAAAAGGGAAUGGGAAGUGCAGAAUGGAAGGAGUCGUGGAAAUCUCUGAAGCAUCAAAUCCAUCUGGAGGGGAUGAGAACCAUGACCGAGUGGACCGACUCUUGGAGAUGUGCUGUCUUCCACACUGAUAUGUCAGGGCAGGAACAGCCAAGACAGAACUGGCCAGAUGAAUCGAUGGAAAUCCAACCAAGGAAAGAAAAGCUCCAAGUGCCAAGAGCCAUGACCCACAUGAGCCGAUCUUUUGAUUCUCAGGUCUUCAAAGAGAGGUAUCCUCAAACCCAAUGGAAUGAGUCUUGGAAGGCAGCAACACUUCAACAUCACCACCAUAAAACCAACUACGUCAUGGAAACAGACAAAUCCUCAUUAUUCCACCUAAACAACACCAAUCCAUCUACACCAGACUGGAAAAACUCAUGGAAAUUUGUGUGUAUGCAUUUCAAUCAGAAAAAAGAAUCUUGGGAUAAGGAACGUGCCAUGUUCCAUUCAGAAACGAAAUCACAGACACUUACGGAUUAUGAUCAGGAUGUCCAGCCUCAAAUGAGCAGUCACGCAUCCAAGUGGGGAAAGCCAUGGAAAAUGGCCAAUCCCAUGCCAAAUGUGGAGAAAGGAUCUUGGAUACACAGCCAUGCAAACCAGUCUCAAUAUGUGGUCCUGUGGUCAAGAAGCAACAGCAUGAAGUCGCUUUACACAAGUCUUAAAGAAACAGCCACUUUAAGACUGUGGGAAAAAUCAUGGAGAUUCUUGAAGAUUGAGGGUAAAGGAGAUUCAAAGGCUGGUAAAGGAAAGUCGAAUGGCUCUAAUGGAUUUGUGAUUGGUACUCAGAAAAGGAAAACAAGGAAGCACAUAUAUAGUCAAAUAGAUAAGGAAAAGCCUGCUGAACGGAAGUGGACUGACUGUCAUAAGAUAACAAAAACUCAGCCACGCCCAAAGAGAGGUUCUUUUAUGAACAUGCCCAAGGCAGUGACAAAGGAAGUUUCCGACUUUACGCAGCAGUGGGCCGAAUCUUGGCGGUUCUCAGACCAACCAGUGAAACAGAAGACGGAGGUAACUGCGACUCUCUCUACCUGGGGAGAAUCCUGGAAGUUCCUGAUUGCACCUUAUCCACAACAGAAUGGACCCAAGUCCAAGUAAGACAGGGGACAUGAAUGCAGGGUUGACAAGGAGUUGAUGAACACUUUUUAUGAUUCGCUAACAUAUCAGUAGCAAGAAUAAUUGUCGCCAUCAUCUACCACACACGCACAUGGCACACACAUAUACACACACCGAAUGACAUGCUAUAGUAAAUGAAGGUUGAUGGAAGGAAGAUGUUUGCAGGUUGAGUACAGAUGGUUUGAAAAGGUCUGAGUGAUUUUUCAGUGGGAAUGCCAUGUAGGUAUUUAGCAAAGCUAAAUGUUAUUUUAAUCAUACUUCUAGCUGAAUGCAAUUUUGUUUAGAAAAUGUUUACAAUCAAAAGGUUAUUUUUGGAAUGAAUAAAUAAAGUUAUGUCAUUU